CCUGUCCUAGUGCUCCGACCCUCCCUGUCACUGCACCCCAGCCAGGGGGUGUCACUGGGGGAAAAUGUCACCCUGCGCUGCCACCUGCCCCAGCUGGCUGCCUGGGUCUGGCUGUACCAGGAAGGGCAUCAAACAUACUGCAAUUACAAGUACAAGAAGCAGGACACUGCAGACUUCUCCUUCUUGAACACAAAUCGGGAGCACGCAGGUAGAUAUUGGUGUCAGUACCGGCUGCCUUGGUCAGCAGUGGAUUCAGAGAAGAGUGAUCCUGUGGAGCUGGUGCUGACAGAUCGCAGUUUCCCCCCACCCAGCAUUUCCCUGAGCCCUGAGGAAUGUGUGGAGAUGGGGACCAAUGUCACCAUCCAGUGCUGGAACAAGGACUAUGGGGCCACCUUCCUUCUGCACAAGGAUGGGUGCUCAGCCCCCAUCCAACGCCAGGACCUUGAUGUGGUGGGCACAGCCACCUUCACCAUCUUUGGGGUGACCCCAGCUGACAGUGGCACCUAUAGGUGCUCCUACCGCCCCUGGGGUCACCCCUUUCUGUCCUCACCCCUUGGGAGUAACGUGAUUCUGGAGGUGACACCCACACCUGCACCCCCAGGUGGGUCUCAACCCCAUUUGAGUACCCUUGGUGCCACCCAUGAGUGGCUGUGUCACCUCCUGUCCCUAUAGAGGUUGUGGUUGCGGAUGUGAUAACCCAAACACCCGGAUCCCACAGGUGCUGCAGACAGUUCCCAUGG